UUCUUCAGGGCACCAUGUGCUUUGGAUGUUAACAGUCUGGUUGGGAAGAUGUCACGGUCUGCUCCAAGACAGCAAUCACCAGCUAUGACCUGUUGGGCUUCGAGGUUGCUUCCUAGGAAUGUCCGUUCCUUGGGCACAUCACCAAAGAGCCAGAGAGUUGCGGAUUGUCAUCGACACCAUGAGGCCUAUGGGUACUUCUUACCCAUCCAGACGAGAUGGCAGGACAAUGACCAGUAUGGCCACGUGAACAAUGCCGUGUACUACAGCUACUUCGACACUAUUAUCAACCACUACCUGAUCAGAUACUGCGGCCUGAGAACCGGCUUGCUGACGUCCCCCAUGGUGGGGUUCAUGGUGACAAAUCAGUGUACCUUCCACACACCCAUCAGCUUUCCUCAGGUCCCAGUGGCUGCUUUGGCCGUGGAGAAAGUGGGUCACUCCAGCGUACAUUACCGCCUGGCUCUGUUCCCACCUAAUGCCACCAAGGAGCGGCCUUCUGUAAAUCACUGGGAUCUCAGUGAUGGCUUUUUCUUUGGCCACCCCAAGCUGGCCCAUUUUGACUCUUCAGCCUGUACCACCGGGUCUUCAGUCCAUGUCUUUGUGAAUCCAGCCACCGGCAAGCCAACGGGCCUUCCAGAAGACUUCAGGAAGGGCCUUCGGAGGCUAAUGAGCCCAGCUUCCGUGUAAGUCAUCUGUAUGUGGCCUUUCACCUGUCA